ACAACCACAUCAAUCCCCUUCUCUGCUCUCUCUCUCUCUCUCUCUUCACUUUUUCUUAGCUUUUCAUUUACCAACUUAUUAUACAUAUCUUCCUUUUCACACCCCACCCAACUCUCUUCUUUCCACUCAUAUCCCACCAAAUUCACUCCUUUCAUUCAUCACUUCAACCCAACUCACCCUUUUUCUUCAAAUGUAAUUCAUUCAUAAUUCAUAAUUCAUAAUUCAUAUUCAUAUUCAUAUUCAUAUUCAUAUUCAUAACAAUUUCAUCCUUCAACUUAUUUUUGUGUGGUUGAUUUGCUUCACCUUUAUCCUUCAUGGAAAACCAAUUCUUUUCUAAUAAUGCUAAUGUACCCCCACAACUCCAUUUUAACCCCCCAUCAAUCCCUCCUAAUUGGCAAUCAAUCUCCCCAACAUCUUCCAUGGAUGUUCAAGUUUCAAUUUUGAAUUGUGUUUCAUCACAACAACACAACCAAGAUUGCUUUUACACACAAACACCAACAUGGGAAAAUUCAACAACAGAUCAUCAUGCUGUUCAUCAAUUUGAUUCAGCACUUAGUUCAAUGGUAUCUUCCCCUGCAGCUUCAAAUUCCAACAUGUCAAAUGACAAUUUUGCCAUCAGAGAAUUAAUUGGAAAAUUAGGAAACAUUGGUGGUAAUUGUAAUUCUGAUAAUGAGAUCUCAAUUUCACCUCAUUCAAAAACUUUAAUUGCUUCAUCUUCUUACAUCAAUAGCAACAAUACUUCAUGUUACAACACCCCUUUGAACUCUCCUCCAAAAUUGAACCAUAGUUUAGGAAAAUCAAUGGCCAUGAAUUCAACUGUAGCUGAAUUCUCAGCUGAUCCUGGUUUUGCAGAAAGGGCUGCAAAGUUUUCUUGUUUUGGUAGUAGGAGUUUUAAUGGAAGGAAAAAUGGUGAAUUGAGUCAAAGUCAAAGAUCUACUACACCAUUGAUAGAAAAUGGAAAACUUUCUAGAGUUUCAAGUAGUCCAUCAUUGAAAGCACUUGGAUCUCAAAUUGGUAUACAAGAGAAUAUGAAUAAUAAUUCUCCUCAAUUGAAUGAUCAAAUGGAACUUAAUAAUUCUCAAGAGGAAUCAACAAUUUCUCAACAUGUCCCUAAUGUUAAUUCAAGGAAAAGAAAAGUUUCUUCCAAAGGAAAAGCCAAAGAAACUUCAACCUCUAUUAACCCUUCAAUUGCUUGUGAAGCUGUUGAAGAUUUAAAUGCAAAGCGCAUAAAACAAAAUGAAGGUGAAAAUAAUGAAAAUGGUCAAGUAAAGGCAGAGGAAGAGUCAAAAGGGGGUACAAAUAGUAAUAAUGGAGGUGAUGACAAACAGAAUAAGAGUAACACAAAACCUCCUGAAGCUCCAAAGGAUUACAUUCAUGUCAGAGCAAGAAGAGGUCAAGCUACUGAUAGCCAUAGUCUUGCAGAAAGAGUUAGGAGGGAAAAAAUCAGUGAAAGGAUGAAGCUUCUUCAAGAUCUUGUCCCUGGUUGCAAUAAGGUCACUGGAAAAGCACUCAUGCUUGAUGAAAUUAUAAACUAUGUCCAAUCAUUGCAGCGUCAAGUUGAGUUCCUAUCUAUGAAAUUGGCUUCUGUUAACACCAGGGUGGAUUUUAGUAUUGAAAGUCUAAUCUCAAAAGAUAUUUUUCAAUCAAAUAAUUCUUUGGCACACCCAAUAUUCCCAUUAGAUUCCUCAGCACCAUCUUUUUAUGGGCAACAACAUCAACAAAACCCAGCAAUUCACAAUAACAUUUCUAAUGGAACUGUGACCCACAACUCAGUGGACCCAUUAGAUAAUGGUUUAUGCCAAAACCUUAGUAUGCAUUUAGCUUCACUAAAUGGGUUUCAUGAACCUGGCUCUCAGUAUCCAAUAACAUUCUCUGAGGAUGACCUCCACACAAUUGUUCAAAUGGGAUUUGGACAAACUGACAACAAUAAAACACCAAUACAAUUUCAGAAUUUGAACGGCUCAAAUCAACUACCCCUAUGAAAGUUAAGCUUUAUUCACCAUUCAUUACGCCUGAAUUGAAGCUAAAGAGGAAUAGGAAGAUUGCUGUUGUACACACCAACAAGAAAUUUAAUUGGAACAACCCCAUGAAUUAUUAAGCCAUUAUUAUUAUAAUUAUUAUUAUUAGGUCUAAUAGAAGCCUCUUUUGUCUUCAUAUUAGCCCUUUAUUUUCUUUUUUAUUUUACCCUUUCACUUUCCAUGAUUUUAAUUUUUAAUCAUGGGGUUACUUUUUUUUUUUUUUUAAAGUAUUCACUGUAAAAUCUUUAGGAUUGAUUCUGUAUUCUCUUGGUGCAAAUUCUUAUUAUUAUGGCACCAAUUGUGAGAUAUAGUGCUAAUUAAUUAAAGAAGUUUUUGUACUAUCUAUCA